AUAUGACGAGGUCUUCAACUCCGAUGUCCUCAAAAAGUGAGACCAGCAUCCACAAUUAUGCUGAGAUUAUGACACAAUUCCCAGAGCUGCCAGGACAAUGGUUUGAAUGUAGAGUGGAGGUUCCCCCAAAAGCAACAUCCCAGCUCUCACAGUUUUACAUCUCUGAGGACGAUAUGACGAGGUCUUCAACUCCGAUGUCCUCAAAAAGUGAGACCAGCAUCCACAAUUAUGCUGAGAUUAUGACACAAUUCCCAGAGCUGCCAGGACAAUGGUUUGAAUGUAGAGUGGAGGUUCCCCCAAAAGCAACAUCCCAGCUCUCACAGUUUUACAUCUCUGAGGACGAUAUGACGAGGUCUUCAACUCCGAUGUCCUCAAAAAGUGAGACCAGCAUCCACAAUUAUGCUGAGAUUAUGACACAAUUCCCAGAGCUGCCAGGACACUGGUUUGAAUGUAGAGUGGAGGACGAUAUGACGAGGUCUUCAACUCCGAUGUCCUCAACAAGUGAGACCAGCAUCCACAAUUAUGCUGAGAUUAUGACACAAUUCCCAGAGCUGCCAGGACAAUGGUUUGAAUGUAGAGUGGAGGGAGAAGAAGAUCCGAUGUAA